AUUGCACCUUCGAUAAAGAGUUGGAGCUCACCCCUCUUGAAUCGGCGAUUGAUGUCCUGGAGCUCAUUCAGAGAGAAUUUUCUGUGGCUGAGAAGACAAUGGAAAGUCUUCAGAGAAUGGUGAAGGAAGCUGCUGUCAUCGUCUGCAUCAAGAACGGAGAGUUUGAGAAAGCUUCAAAAAUUGUCAAGAGGCAUAUGGGGAAGGAGUCCAAAACCCAGAAAAAGAGGAACGAGCUGUUGGCUGUCAUCCGGGAGAAGAACUCUGAUCAUCCAACAGUCCAGAACUUCUCUUACAAGAACUUCCAGCAGAACGUGUUUCAGUUCCUGAAGGUUUAUGUGGACGAUUCGGAGCCGUUGCUGCUGACGUUAAUGAAAAAGACUUUGAAUUCAGAACAUACCAGAAAACGAAAACACUCAGUGGCGACUCCUGAGCCUGUAAAUGGGCCAAAAGACCAGGCAGAGACUCUGGAGCCCUUGGGAAGGGAAAAGAGCCCAGCAGGAACUCCAGAGCCUGCAGGACCAGCAAAAGACCAGGAGGGAACUCCCAGCCCUGCAGGACCAGCAAAAGACCAGGAGGGAGCUCCCAGCCCUGCAGAAGCAGGAAAAGACCAGGAGGGAGCUCCCAGCGCUGCAGAAGCAGCAAAAGAUCAAGAGGUCGCUGCCAGCCCUGCUGAAGGCUCAGACGGCCUCGCGGCAGCUCCUGAACCGAUGGAAGAUGCUCCUGACCCAGCAGCAACUCCUGAACAUCUAACAGCAGCCACUGACAUCCUGGAAAAUUCUUCAGAGCCUAUGGAAAUAUCUGAAAAGCCAGCAGCAGCUCCAGAACAGCCCAGAGAGUCCUUCAGGGGCUCGGAAAGGCAGCCCUCCGGAACUGUAACCACCUACGGGAUUUCUGUUCUGAGAGAAGCUUUCAAGAUCCUGUUGGACUCCCAGGAUUCCAAUGAGCUCUUCACAAAACUGGAUGAAACAGACUUUUCUUACCCCAAGCAACUGUCUCCUUCUAUAUCCCACAGAACCAAGAGACGGCACGAAGAGGAGAAUCAAGAUUCUGAGAUCUCAGACCCUCCUGAAAUACCCCAUAAGGGCAAACGCUUGUUGACCAUAAGCAAACUGGUCAUGGGGCAAGACAGUCAGUUCGGCGAGUCGAGUGAGAGCCCAGACUCUUCCCAGGAGCCAGUUGUAUCUUCUGCCUCCAGACCCGUUCAGAAACCGCAAGGCCAGCCCGAACCUCCUAAGAGUGUCAAGUCCUUCAAAGGAAGGUGGAACAGCUCGUAUGGUGAAGAAGAAAAGGACAGCUGGAGUGACGAGGACGAGCUCUUUGCAGAUGCGGUGCCGUUAGAGACAAACAGCCACAACAGCACGAUCUUUGGGUCCAAGAAACAGAAGUGGACGGUACAAGAGAGCCAGUGGAUCAAGGACGGCGUGAAGAAGUUUGGAGAAGGCAGGUGGAAGGCCAUUUGCCAGAAAUACCCCUUCCAGAACCGCACGGCGGUGAUGAUCAAGGAUCGCUGGCGGACCAUGAAAAAGCUUGGAAUCCUCUAA